AUGGGGACCAAUCGACAAUCCAUUCGAAAAUUUUCAUCAUCUCAACCAUAUCCAUAUAGAAAUGGAAAGCCCGAUGAUAGAAUCGUGGAUGUAUCAGUAAAUACGUUUGAUACGUCUGGUGAUGAUAAUAAUAAGAACGAUGAAGAAACAAUUGAUAAUGUUCAAUUUAAUUGUGAUCAUUCCACUCAUUAUGAUUCAAACGCCACAUGGUCACUUCAAGAUGCAAUUGCAACAGCAUUAGAAAAAUUUCUUGACAAAUUAGAAACAGUAAAUCAUUGGCAAUGUGGUCUUGAUCUGGAUUUAAAUACAUGGAAGGAUAAAGUAUUGAGUCGACAUCAAUAUAAUAAAUGA